AUGGUGCUGUGCAUAUUUGAGGAAAUUCAGCCGGCAGACGAUGCUCGCCCUGCCCACCCUCGUUGGGUGACUUCACUCCGUUUGACCGUAAUUAUCUGUUUGGUGGACGAGCAGCCCUAUAAAAGUCAAAGUGUCUCACUGCUUGAUCAGAAACGAUCUCGCCGUCGACUUGAGUGUUUUAUCUCCUCUCUCUGGUGUUUGUUUCGAUCUCAGAGGGACCACAGAAUGAAGCUGGCCAUCCUGUGCUUGUGUCUGGCUGGUACAGCCUGCGCUCUACCUUAUCAGUACAUGCCACAUUACACAGGCUUCAGGCAGCAGGAACCUCCCACACAGGUGAAAACACCCUUCACAGCUGGUUUCCCACAGCCUGCUCUUCCAGGAGCUUAUAGUGUGGAAUUUAUUUAUCCACACAGAAUCGUUGGUGGUGCAACUGGAACAAACCAAGCGCAGACCUUCCCUUCUUAUGGAUUCAUCAAGUACUCAAUUCCUCAGCCACCAGGCAGGCAGAGCGUGGAAGUUUUCUACCCCUACGACUUCACCCAGCAAAAGAUUCUGCCACACAUGCCCCCUUUUUCAAAUAGCCCUAUGGGGCAAGAUAUUCCUCAGUUUGGAUUUCCACCCCUGAGCAAUCCCCAGCAGCCCAUGAACAUGCCGUCUGUCGAUGCCAAUGCUCAUCCUUCCCAGAAUCCUUUGCAACCUCUGCUGCAGGACCAGCCCACACAAACCAGCCAGGCACCUGCAAAAGCCUAAAAGGGCGACCAUUUCCCCUCUUCAACAAUCACCACCGAGUCUUUUUCUGAGUGUUCAGCCUAACAAAAAUAAAUCAAACUACUGAAAGAAAUAGUUUUUUAGAAUAAGAGCAAACUACAUUAUGACUGACUGCUCUGAGAAGAAUGAGUAAAAAAUCAGUUUGAUUCCUUUUGCUCUUUCAUUAACAACAAUGCGUAGAAAUGUAACCUUUGAUAAGACCCCUGCAUGCUGCAUUUCCCCUUCCUGUGUUUAUUUUGAAAAAUAAAGAUUUCAAAGCAGAA